AUGAAGAGCCACGUUUUCGCGCUUUUGAUUGCCCCACUCGGCGUCAUUGCCUCACCAUGUUCCUCUCGGUCUACCAACAGUACCCUGGGUAGCACUCAAGGUGCGACUGAGACAUCUGAUACUGCCGCUGUUGCCAGCGAUAGCAUCAACGACCUGUUCGUCGCCAAGGGCAAGAUUUACCUCGGUACUGCCGCCGACAAAGGUACUCUUUCAAAAUCACAGGUCUCAGAUAUUGUCAAAGCCGAUUUUGGCCAAGUCACACCAGAGAACAGCAUGAAGUGGGAUGCUACUGAGCCGUCGAAAGGAAGCUUCUCUCUCGAUACCGCUGAUUAUCUGGUCGAUUUCGCAACAGAUAAUGGACUGAGCAUCAGAGGACACACCCUUGUUUGGCACUCUCAACUGCCUUCUUGGGUCAAAGCCAUCACAGAUGCGAACGAGCUCACUUCGGUGAUCGAAAACCACAUCAGCACUAUCGUGGGCCGAUACGCUGGAAAAAUUAGAGCUUGGGACGUUGUAAAUGAGAUCUUCAACGAAGACGGCUCGCUCCGCAGUUCAGUCUUCUCUGACGUUCUUGGCGAGGAUUUCGUCUCAAUCGCCUUCAACGCAGCUCACAAGGCCGAUCCUAAUGCUAAGCUCUACAUCAAUGACUACAACCUUGACACCGCCUCGUAUGCUAAGGUAACCAAGGGCAUGGUAGCCCAUGUUGAGAAGUGGCUAGCUGCCGGCGUGCCCAUACAUGGUAUCGGUUCACAAACCCAUUUAUCAGAAGGCGGCUCGAGUGGCGUAUCAGGUGCUCUUACCGCUCUUGCCGGUACUGGUGUCGAGGAGGUUGCCAUCACUGAACUCGAUAUCGCAGGUGCCUCCGCCAGUGACUAUACUACAGUUGUCGAUUCUUGUCUGAAUCUGGCUAGCUGCGUUGGAAUUACUGUUUGGGGGGUUAGUGAUGCAGACUCAUGGCGAUCCGACAAAUCACCAUUGCUAUUUGACUCCAGCUACGCGCCCAAGGACGCGUACAAUGCGAUUGUUAAACAGUUGAGCUAA